CGCAGUUAAUCGUGUCAGAUUGAGUCAUGGCGGAGACCACGGCCCGUGCACUGUAUGACUUUGAUGGAGACCCAGAUAAUGGAGAGCUGAGUUUCAGGGGAGGAGAUGUUCUUUCAAUCAUUGCACAGGAUAUUGGAGAUGGAUGGUGGGAGGCCAAGAAUGACUUGGGACACCAGGGUUUGGUGCCAGAAGCUUAUUUACAGAUAUCAGAGGAACCACCUGAACCAUCGUUUCCUCCUCCCCCACCACCGAUACCUACUCCUCCAGUAACGAGCGACUACACUGAUGACCACCGAGCAAGUCAGUACUCAUCCUCCUCCACUACAAACGGGUACAACUACCACUACCAGAACACACCGGCUGACACAGGAGGCGGGGACUACCCUGUCGGAGGGGGCUUCACCACACAGCAGAGUACAGAGGAGUGGGACGAGGAGGAAUGGGAGGAGGAUGAUGAUGAUCACUCCUCUACCAGUACAGACCGUGGGACAUCUCAGGAGUUACAAGGCCAGGGAAACUUCGGUCUUUCUCAGCCAAAACGGGAACCUAAACAGUUAUCUCCUUCUGGUGAUAUGUCAAAAUAUGGCACAGUGAAGAAAAGUUUUAACAGAUUUUCACAGUUUGCUAAAGCUGGCGGUGAGGCCUUUAUGAUGGGUCAGGUACAGAACGAGAAUGUGUCCGAAAACGACAUCAUCACAAUUACAGAAACUGCAGAUGGACCUGUUUGGCCGCUACCUACCGACAGGUUCACUUGUGAGGUGACAUCACCCAAGAAAGAGAGUAAAUUAAAAGGUCUUAAGAGUUUCAUAGCCUACCAGAUCACACCCUCAUUCAGUAAUAUCCAGGUAAGCCGACGGUACAAACAUUUUGAUUGGCUACAUGAGAGACUAGAGGAGAAGUUUGCCUGUGUUCCCAUCCCACCUCUACCUGACAAGGCAAUAUCAGGCCGCUCAGGACGAUAUGAAGAUGACUUCAUAACAGAAAGAAUGCACCAACUACAGCUUUGGAUCAACAGAAUGGUACGGCAUCCAUUGAUGUCCCGCUCCGAAGUCUUCCAUCAUUUCCUCACCUGUACAAAUGACAAGAAGUGGAAAGAGGGUAAAAGGAGAGCAGAGAAAGACGAAUACACUGGAGGGAAAUUCUUCAUACUCCUGAGGACGCCGGUCGCCCAACUGGAAAUGAGAGAUGUAGACAAAAAGAUGGAAACAUUUUGUAAAUUUGUGAAAGGAAUGGACGACAAUGUGAAGGGCCUUAUAAACGUAAUGAGUGAUAACAGGAAAAAACAUCUGGGCCCUUACAAAAGAGAAUACCAGAAAAUUGGUUAUUCAUUUAAAAAUCUAGCUGUAACUUUUAAUCUAGAUAACUCCAGUUUUUCAGGUGGAUUGACGGCAGCAAUAGACUACACAGGUGACACAUACAACCAGAUAGGAGAAAUGUUUGAAAAACAGCCGAGGAUAGACCUGGACCCUAUGUUAGAUGUGCUGUAUGAAUAUAAGGGGAUACUCACCACCUACCCAGAUGUCCUCAAGAUACACGAGGGUGCUGUGGGACGAGCCAAGGAAUGCAUGAAGGAACAAGAUGAGGGCAAAAUGUCGGAGAGUGAUGUACAGAAAGUGGUGAACAAAGCAGAUAUCAUUUCCUACGGUACUAUGGCCCAGAUGUCACAUUUCCAGCAGGAGCGUGUACAGGACUACAAAGCCAUGAUGCAAAAAUACCUAAAGGAACAAAUAACAUUUUAUAGAAAUAUAACGCAAAAACUAGAAGAAACACUUGAGAGAUUUGAAAGUGCGUAGCAGUGUUCAAUGGACUAAUUUGUUCGGUAUGUGUCAAAUGUGCUUGUUAUGAAGUUCUGGCAAUUCACAGUGAAAUACUGCACGAAUCUCUGACCUCAAGAAAGUGCUACUAAGGACAAGUUUUGUCCUGAUAUCCAGUGAUCUUUGUGUGGAGUUUAGAAGGCCUUUUUAUUUUGAAAUAUCAGGAAGUACAACGUCGCUACAAAGUCUUUUGAUGAGUUUGGAAAAUUCAAGAACACUUACAUAAACUUCAAAUGUAGUUUGUUUGUCCUUUGGGUUUCGUUUUAAGUGAUCACUUGGACUUAAUGUCUGUAUUCCUAGGAUCAGUUUUAGAAAUGUUCAGGUCGUUAGUAAUCGAUGUGAUACAAUAUAUAUCACGUUACAAUAGAUAUCACGUUUCAGAUUCUCAGAACCUAAUACAUGAUCAUCCUUACUUAAUUAAUAAAGUAUUUCCAAGACAUAGUGUGCAACAAAAAAUAUCUCUUGAAGCGUAAACUGUUACUAAUCAUUAUUAUGAUAUGAUAUCAAGAUAUGCUAUUGUUGGAACUAGUGUUUAGUUAGGAAGGAUUGAAUCUAGCGUUAGUGAUUUGACAAUAUAGUACACGGAAAGUUGUAUGUUAGAUGACCUCUACUUACAUUUCAUAAAAUCUCUUUAUUAUUUCCUUCAUUGUAGAACUUUACUAAAUUAUUAGUGUAGUCGUCACUACAGAAAUAGCUUCAGAAAUAUAAUGACUCAGAAAGAAUAAAAUCAAUACUGACUAAUGUGAGCGAAAUAUAGAUAAAUAAAAUAGAAAAGAAACUGAAACAAAAUGUGGUUUAUGUGUAUAAUUUUAUUUGAAUGGCAAUAAGAUAUAAAUUGUUUCUCAUCAUAAUGUUUUAGAAAUCAUGUUUAGAUACAAACAGUUGCAUAUUGUAUAUCAGUUGAUUCGGUUUUGUAUUUUUUUGUUGUUAUUUAUUAUGGAGUCAGUCUGUGCAGUGUUAUACAGUGAUUUUUUUUUCUUCUUGUAAACAAAGUCAAACUUUAUAAAGUGGUUGGGCAAGGAAAAGUUGACGGGAAGUUAGAAACUCUGAUACUAGAAAAAAUAGCACCAUACAUCUGUCAAAUGUUGCUGAAAAAUUAGCUGGAAUGACUUAAUUGAAAACGUUUUAUGAAAAUAUUAAAUAAACAAUAAUUUGAAGUUGUUAAAUAUAUACUGCUAUAUCACAGCAUAAAGCUGCCUCAAAGCGGUUCACAUAUUAUCACCCUUGGUUGUUGGGCCUUCAGAAAACAGCCAAUAUCUUUUCCAACUCCUUGAGGAGCAUACAGUCUGAGCUGCUAUUUGGGAGUCAACAGCUCAUCCACGACUUUUCUUGUACUGCCCAACCACUUGCCCAUUAACAGCUGCGUCGACUGGCACACAACAGAGUAAAGUAAUCCGUUUAAUGAUACAACAUUGCCUGUGCCAGAAUUUUAACUGAACGACCCUUCGGUCUUUGUACUACCACGCAUUAUGAAGUUGAUGUUAUAUAACAUUAAAGAAUGAACUAUUGGUUUAUACAUGUAUCUAAUGUAGUCUGAGCUAGUGAUAGGACUGUGUUAAGGAUUAUAAACUAUUAGUGAUGCUUGAGACCUAUUAGUUAUACUCUCUGUUUUGUCAGAAUCCAAUCCAGGAAGAGAUUAGUCGAGGAAAAGUUCUCGGGUUAUUGUUGGAUUUCACUGUAUGCUUACAUUGAUCAAUAGACUCUGUCUACAGUGUAUGUAAUUGUUGUGUUUAUGAAAUAUUUAUACAUUUAUAUUCUUGCAAGAAAUUUUAAAUGAUUCUUAUCUGGUAUUUUUCAAAAUAAUGAUAUGUUAACUGUUCUUUUUGUUUUGUUUAUUCUACUAAAUUCCUUUGACAUAAACAUCACUGGAUUUGAGUUACUGAUGCUUAGCUUCUGGAUUGAAAAAUUAGAUAACUAAUAUUGAAUAUUUGUUAUAAAGUAACAUGCAAUGUAGAAAUUGGAUUUUUUUUGUUAUCACUGGGUUUGUUAAACUGCUCUAACCCCAAUAGAGUUAUGUAAAUCAGGUGUAUGAGUGAUAUUGUCUGUACCAGUAUGUGAUGGUGACAAGAAUCAACAUCUGUGACACUUGUGCCUCUCACAUACUCUAAGUAACAGUUAUACAGUUAGCUGGUCAUGAGUUUUGGUUUUCAGACUCAUUCUAGUCUGUUUAUUUAACUCUUAUUUAUUGAAAUAAUUUAUUUUGCUAAUUUAACUUUCAAGAAAUUUUCAUACAAUUCCAUACCUCUGUUUCUUCAUGUCAAAUUCUGAACUUCCCACCUGUAAGGAAAGCUUGCUUUACUGUAGUACAUUAAUCUAAGCCUUCUGUGAGGAACGCUGGCUUUACUGUAGUACAUUAAUCUAAGCCUUCUGUGAGGAAUGCUGGCUUCACUGUAGUACAUUAAUCUAAGCCUUCUGUGAGGAACGCUGGCUUCGCUCUAAUACAUUUGGACAUUAAUCUAAGCCUUCUGUGAGGAAAGCUGGCUUCACUAUAGUACAUUAAUCUAAGCCUUCUGUGAGGAACGCUGACUUCACUGUAGUACAUUAAUCUAAGCCUUCUGUGAGGAACGCUGACUUUACUGUAGUACAUUAAUCUAAGCCUUCUGUGAGGAACGCUGACUUCACUGUAGUACAUUAAUCUAAGCCUUCUGUGAGGAACGCUGACUUCACUGUAGUACAUUAAUCUAAGCCUUCUGUGAGGAAAGCUGGCUUUACUGUAGUACAUUAAUCUAAGCCUUCUGUGAGGAACGCUGGCUUCACUGUAGUACAUUAAUCUAAGCCUUCUGUGAGGAACGCUGACUUCACUGUAGUACAUUAAUCUAAGCCUUCUGUGAGGAACACUGACUUCACUGUAGUACAUUAAUCUAAGCCUUCUGUGAGGAACGCUGACUUCACUGUAGUACAUUAAUCUAAGCCUUCUGUGAGGAAAGCUGGCUUUACUGUAGUACAUUCAUCUAAGCCUUCUGUGAGGAACGCUGACUUCACUGUAGUACAUUAAUCUAAGCCUUCUGUGAGGAACGCUGACUUCACUGUAGUACAUUAAUCUAAGCCUUCUGUGAGGAACGCUGACUUCACUGUAGUACAUUAAUCUUAGCCUAACAAAUGCUGUUGUUUUGUCUAACUAGCAUCAAGGGACAGACAAACUGCCAAGGAAUGGGAUAAACAUUGUCUGAUGAAGUUAUAAACUGUGGCCAUAUUUUGUGAUAUAUGAUAUCUUUAUAUAAAUCAUGUAGACGGUAUAUCAAAAAAAAUAUUAUCUCUGUAAACGAAAAAUGUUACAUUAAUUAUGACGCAAUAUAUUUUUAUGAACAUGUAGAAAUUUUAAUUAAUCAUUUAAAAUAUAGACAUGUAUACUGAGAGUAAAUUCCUAAAUGAUAACUAUAUAUGGUGCAAUUUCCAUUCUAUUUCAUAGUUAUGUUCCUCUACAACUGAGUAUAUUGGUAAAUGACAUUGUGUGUUUGGUAAUGUUUUGUGAUGUAAGUUUUACAUGUGUGACUAUUGUUUUUCAUCACCUGUGUAUACAAGAUAAACAUGGUUGUUAUCGUUAUCUCUCUCACCUCAAACACUGGAUUUUCUUAUGUAAGGUACAUUGUGAAUGUACUUGUACUUGUAGUACAUUUUCCUAAUUAAACCAUGCACAGACUUGUAUAUGGUGCCUUUUCCGUGAUGUAGAGUUAUCUGCCCUUGCGAGCAGGCAUUGAUUUCUAAGUCAUUUGUUUGUGAGAAUAAUGUCAUAAAUUUGUGAGAAAAGGGACAAUUUCCUCACACAAACUAAUGACACACAAACUAAUGACAUUAAUACUUGCUCAUAACAGUAGAUUACAAAAAGAUGAGAUAGAUAAAAGGUAGAUUAACAAAGAACAGUAAAACAGUUAAAGGUAAAUCUGGGGUACAUUUUAAACAGCAGGUUUAUUUUACACUUGUUUAUUUCCAUGAAGUGAUGCCUGAUCACUUUCUGUCAGGAAUUCUUCUGCAGACUAAAAUAUAAAUCAUAUCCUGCAUCAUAUGUUGAAAUUGGUGGCAUGUUUCAGAACUUUAGCUAAUUUAUGAUACUGAAUUUUUUGAAAUCAAACAUUUGUGUUUGUCUAACAAUUGUCCAUUCAAACAUUGGUGUGAAUAAAUAUAUAUACGGUAUAUGAAUAUCUAUAGGUCAGAAUAAAACUCCAUUUCUCUUUUUAUACAAAAAACUCACUCCUACAUAUACUAGAUAAUCUUAUUCUUCUAUUCUUCUAACUUUCCUGUUGAAGGAUUUGGUUAUCCUUUCAUAAGAGGAGACAAUCUGUACAUUUUCUGUAUCUAGAUUGAAGUCCUCAUUUUAUUAUAUGGUGAUAAUUACAAUCAAAGACUACUACAGCCUGAUCAAGGAGAGAGGGAGGAGUCGUCGAUCAUCAUGUAGGUAUUUGGUGUGUGGUUAAUAUUCUGUACCCUCACUAGAUUAUCCUCACACAUAACACUCCAUUAAUUACUUGUGCUAGGUUCAAUUAUCUACCAGUAAAGGAAAUGAUAUAAGCUUCAAGCUUGUUUUCCGAUUACCAGUUAUUGAAAUUAUAUGUACAUGUAUGGUUGAAUGAAAAUUGAAUGAAAUAUUGUUAAAUAAUUAUCUACUAGGUAAUCUUACAGGAUUUUGUAUUUUUUCAAACUUGAUGAUUUAAUAGAUAUUUUCUAGAAUAUAAAAUUUUAGUUGGCAUUAGGUUUUAAAAACCUCGAAGAUAUGUUUAGUAGUUGUUGUGAUUGUUGUGUUAUUACACAUUUUUAUUUUUAUCAGUGCUCCAUUUCCAGUCAUUAUCCAGACAAUAUCAAUUAGUAACAAAAUUAGCCAUUUUAACAAAUAUUAUUUAUACCAAUUAAGAGACAAUUUCUUAGGUUGGCAGGAAUGUACACUUUGUACAUUUAAUUUUGUAUAAGAAUAUAUUUUCGUAUGUCACAUAUAACUUAGGAUGUACGAAAAAGUAACUUUUUUGUUAAGUCUAAACCGUUGUUAUUGAUUGUGUGUUUUUAUACGGUAAUCCUCAAACUGUAACUAAAUCAUUAACCUGUAAUGUUACAUAUGUUGCGUGUAUGCUAGACGUUUAGGUGAGCCUGGAUUUUUUUUUUUUUUUUUUCCGUUUCAUCAGUAUUUGUAUAUACCUAUAACAGGUAAAUUGAUCAGCACGUGUAUGGCUGUUAUUUUAUUUGUCACAACUGUCAGUCACAUUUAGUCUAGAAUUAUUUAUUACAUUCAAUGUUCAGCCUCAGAAAAGUGAUGAAUGUUGAUAGUAAAAUCUUAUGAAACAUGAAAUUGUAGUGCAUGCAUAUAAAGAUAUGAUAUAAGAUGAUGUAUUUAUCUAGUAUGUAAAUAAUAGAAUACAUUAAAUAAUCUGAUGAUUUUCCUUUAUAUCAUGUAAAAAUGAUAGUUAUCUGGUAUAUAUAGAGGUGUUGAAUUCAUACCAAUAGACGAAAAAAAGGACAAAAUAUAAAAAAUAUUGUUUAAACCACAGAUUUCAGCAGUCACAGAUAACUAAUGUGAAUUUUUGGUGUAAAUCUUAAUAUUAAACCUGAUGUAAAUGUUAAGCUGACAAAACUUUUUGAUUUUAUGUAACAUGGGAUGUUUGUCUUUAUGUAUGGUAACAUGGUCACCACUUCCAACUAGACAAUUAUGGCCCGACCACAGCUAGAUAGCAGAAUAGAUUAAACUGUUUUUACAAAAUGAUAAAGAUUUUGCAUUCUCUUCUGUCAUUAUCAUACCCACAAUGAUAUACAUGUAUAACAUGUAUAUCAUAUAGAAAAUAAGGAUAUGCUUAAUAUUUUUCUUGAAAUGUUCACAAAUAUUUAAGAAAACAGAAAUUUUAUUUAAUUUUAAAAAAUGUUUAAAUAAACCACAUAAUUAUGUACCAUGUGUAUACAGUAUGGUGCUUAAUAUUUCAUUGCUGCUUUCUUCAAAGUUUCCUCCCUUUAUAAAAUACCUCUGUCAUCCUUACCACUAAGUCACUGUACAUAUUUACGUCAUCCUUACCACUAAGUCACUAUACAUAUUUACGUCAUCCUUACCACUUAGUCACUAUACAUAUUUACGGCUGUUAUUCUCAACACGGACUCAAUCAAUAGGUCUCUAAGAUUAAAACAAGAUAUUCCUAAUAAUGCUGAUAUAGACACAUCUUGAAACUGCAAAUUCAACACUACACAACUUGUAUAGGAUAUGUCAUUUGGUAACAUUAAAAUGUCGUGUAGAUAGGGCCACAUUCAAAACCAUUGUCUUACUGAUGAAUCUUUCGUAUAAGACCAGAUAUCUGAAAUGUUGUCGACUUGCUGGUUAAGUUGACAUUCUAUCAGUUAUAACUAUGUUAAUGUAUUCUGUAUGUUUGUAUAUGCCUGUAAAAUCUAGUUGUACAUAAAGCACUUGUCUUAGUGCUUACUUGAUCAUGAAUGGUCCCUUUUUGUUUCAUAUGAAGAAUUUAUAAUUAUAUUGUAUAUCUUAAUUGAUAUAUCGUCAAAACCCUUAUAAAUACCACAAUUUUGCUGAGCAGUGAUGUGAAUAUGUUGUAAUGGCUAUAUAGUGUCUAUAAGCACACAGCUUUCUGUGGUACUGUACUGAUAUUUUAAACUUUAUUUUAUACAAAACAGGUUGAAUUGAUUUAUGCAAGAUUCACUUCUUUCACAAAAUAUAUAAAACUUAACCAAUGUAUGUACUAUAAGAAAGAGUUGCUUUAAAAAAUUCCUUACUGAAAAGUAAAAAUAUUUCCUUAUUAUUAUAAUAGUUAAUUAUGUAUCAACCAACCCUCUCCAGUGAGGAUAUUUCUUUAAGUUAAUUGUAAACAAACCAACCCUCUCCAGUGAAGAUAUUUCCUUAAGUUGAUUGUGAACGAACCAACCCUUUCCAGUGAGGAUAUUUCCUUAAGUUAAUUGUGAACGAACCAACCCUUUCCAGUGAAGAUAUUUCUUUAAGUUAAUUGUAAACGAACCAAACCUUUCCAGUGAAGAUAUUUCCUUGAGUUAAUUAUAAAUGAACCAAACCUUCAAGUGAAGAUAUUUCCUUCAGUUAAUUGUAAACGAACCAAACCUUUCCAGUGAAGAUAUUUCCUUGAUUGUAAACGAACCAACCCUUUCCAUUUGAAAUAUUUCCUUGAUUGUAAACGAACCAAUACUUUCCUUAUUCGGAAAUGUAAGAUCAGGAAAAAUUAUUGUUUAAAAGAAACAGGAAAGUGAGAUGUUGUUGCCAUAGACUUUAUUGAUAAGUGUUAAAUUGAUGUAUACUUUUUAUUAGGGACCAAACUUAACUACUGAAAUCUAUAUUUUCAUUGUUAUUGCUUCUUUGUGUGCUGUGUGGUUGACUUACAUGUACCAGAGCUUUGCUCGGACCCUGACUGGACUAUAUCAUCCAUCAGACCCUGACUGGACUCUAUAUCAUCCAUCAGACCCUGACUGGACUCUAUAUCAUCCAUCAGACCCUGACUGGACUCUAUAUCAUCCAUCAGACCCUGACUGGACUCUAUAUCGUCCAUCAGACCCUGGCUGGACUAUAUCAUCCAUCAGACCCUGACUGGACUAUAUCAUCCAUCAGACCCUGACUGGACUAUAUCAUCCAUCAGACCCUGACUGGAUUAUAUCAUCCAUCAGACCCUGACUGGACUCUAUAUCAUCCAUCAGACCCUGACUGGACUCUGUAUCAUCCAUCAGACCCUGACUGGACUCUAUAUCAUCCAUCAGACCCUGACUGGACUAUAUCAUCUAUCAGACCCUGACUGGACUCUAUAUCAUCCAUCAGACCCUGACUGGACUAUAUCAUCUAUCAGACCCUGACUGGACUCUAUAUCAUCCAUCAGACCCUGACUGGACUCUAUAUCAUCCAUCAGACCCUGACUGGACUCUAUCAUCUAUCAGACCCUGACUGGACUCUAUAUCAUCCAUCAGACCCUGACUGGACUCUAUAUCAUCUAUCAGACCCUGACUGGACUCUACAUCAUCCAUCAGACCCUGACUGGACUCUAUAUCAUACAUCAGACCCUGACUGGACUACAUCAUCCAUCAGACACUGACUGGACUCUAUAUCAUCUAUCAGACCCUGACUGGACUAUAUAUCAUCUAUCAGACCCUGUCUGGACUAUAUCAUCCAUCAGACCCUGACUGGACUACAUCAUCCAUCAGACACUGACUGGACUCUAUAUCAUCUAUCAGACCCUGACUGGACUAUAUAUCAUCUAUCAGACCCUGUCUGGACUAUAUCAUCCAUCAGACCCUGACUGGACUCUAUAUCAUCCAUCAGGCCCUGACUGGACUAUAUCAUCCAUCAGACCCUGACUGGACUAUAUCAUCCAUCAGACCCUGACUGGACUCUAUAUCAUCCAUCAGACCCUGACUGGACUAUAUCAUCCAUCAGACCCUGACUGGACUAUAUCAUCCAUCAGACCCUAACUGGACUCUAUAGCAUCCAUCAGACCCUGACUGGACUCUAUCAUCCAUCAGACCCUGACUGGACUAUAUCAUCCAUCAGACCGGACCCUGACUGGACUAUAUCAUCCAUCAGACCCUGACUGGACUAUAUCAUCCAUCAGACCCUGACUGGACUCUAUAUCAUACAUCAGACCCUGACUGGACUAUAUCAUCCAUCAGACCCUGACUGGACUAUAUAAUCCAUCAGACCCUGACUGGACUCUAUAUCAUCCAUCAGACUCUGACUGGACUAUAUCAUCUAUCAGACCCUGACUGGACUAUAUAAUCCAUCAGACCCUGACUGGACUCUAUAUCAUCCAUCAGACCCUGACUGGACCCUAUAUCAUCCAUCAGACCCUGACUGGACUAUAUAAUCCAUCAGACCCUGACUGGACUAUAUCAUCCAUCAGACCCUGACUGGACUAUAUCAUCCAUCAGACCCUGACUGGACUCUAUAUCAUCCAUCAGACCCUGACUGGACUAUAUCAUCCAUCAGACCCUGACUGGACUAUAUCAUCCAUCAGACCCUAACUGGACUCUAUAGCAUCCAUCAGACCCUGACUGGACUCUAUCAUCCAUCAGACCCUGACUGGACUAUAUCAUCCAUCAGACCGGAACCUGACUGGACUAUAUCAUCCAUCAGACCCUGACUGGACUAUAUCAUCCAUCAGACCCUGACUGGACUCUAUAUCAUACAUAAGACCCUGACUGGACUAUAUCAUCCAUCAGACCCUGACUGGACUCUAUAUCAUACAUCAGACCCUGACUGGACUAUAUCAUCUUCCAUCAGACCCUGACUGGACUAUAUCAUCCAUCAGACCCUGACUGGACUAUAUCAUCCAUCAGACCCUGACUGGACUCUAUAUCAUCCAUCAGACCCUGACUGGACUCUAUAUCAUCCAUCAGACUCUGACUGGACUAUAUCUAUCAGACCCUGACUGGACUAUAUAAUCCAUCAGACCCUGACUGGACUUUAUAUCAUCCAUCAGACCCUGACUGGACCCUAUAUCAUCCAUCAGACCCUGACUGGACUAUAUAAUCCAUCAGACCCUGACUGGACUCUAUCAUCCAUCAGACCCUGACUGGACUAUAUCAUCCAUCAGACCGGACCCUGACUGGACUAUAUCAUCCAUCAGACCCUGACUGGACUAUAUCAUCCAUCAGACCCUGACUGGACUCUAUAUCAUACAUCAGACCCUGACUGGACUAUAUCAUCCAUCAGACCCUGACUGGACUAUAUAAUCCAUCAGACCCUGACUGGACUCUAUAUCAUCCAUCAGACUCUGACUGGACUAUAUCAUCUAUCAGACCCUGACUGGACUAUAUAAUCCAUCAGACCCUGACUGGACUCUAUAUCAUCCAUCAGACCCUGACUGGACCCUAUAUCAUCCAUCAGACCCUGACUGGACUAUAUAAUCCAUCAGACCCUGACUGGACUAUAUCAUCCAUCAGACCCUGACUGGACUAUAUCAUCCAUCAGACCCUGACUGGACUCUAUAUCAUCCAUCAGACCCUGACUGGACUAUAUCAUCCAUCAGACCCUGACUGGACUAUAUCAUCCAUCAGACCCUAACUGGACUCUAUAGCAUCCAUCAGACCCUGACUGGACUCUAUCAUCCAUCAGACCCUGACUGGACUAUAUCAUCCAUCAGACCGGAACCUGACUGGACUAUAUCAUCCAUCAGACCCUGACUGGACUAUAUCAUCCAUCAGACCCUGACUGGACUCUAUAUCAUACAUCAGACCCUGACUGGACUAUAUCAUCCAUCAGACCCUGACUGGACUCUAUAUCAUACAUCAGACCCUGACUGGACUAUAUCAUCUUCCAUCAGACCCUGACUGGACUAUAUCAUCCAUCAGACCCUGACUGGACUAUAUCAUCCAUCAGACCCUGACUGGACUCUAUAUCAUCCAUCAGACCCUGACUGGACUCUAUAUCAUCCAUCAGACUCUGACUGGACUAUAUCUAUCAGACCCUGACUGGACUAUAUAAUCCAUCAGACCCUGACUGGACUCUAUAUCAUCCAUCAGACCCUGACUGGACCCUAUAUCAUCCAUCAGACCCUGACUGGACUAUAUAAUCCAUCAGACCCUGACUGGACUCUAUAUCAUCCAUCAGACCCUGACUGGACUCUAUAUCAUCCAUCAGACCCUGACUGGACUCUAUCAUCCACUAUCUAUUAGACACUUGCUGAACUCUAUUAUCCUGUAUGUACAACCUUUAGGUUGAGAUGAUAACACGAUAACAGUGUACUGUAUUUUGCCUAGCGAUAUGUAUAUGUCUUGGUAACUGUGUAUUCCUAUAGCUAUAGAUCUUACAGAUUGUAAUUGUCUUACUUAUUUCCUUACAUGAUAUAUACAUUCUAUUGUUUAUUUCUGAUUUUAUAUUUGACUGGUCAGAUAUCAGGAUAAAUUUUAGAGAUUUCAUUGUAGAAUUUUCUGAGUGUUAAAAACCAGAUAUUUAAAAGAAAUUUGCAAGAAAUGUUGCACACUCCCCAUUUUAAUAUAACGGAAACAGAGUUUAGUGUAGUUUACAGAAUUUGACAUGAAUUAGCAACUCAAUUUUUUUUUGUUUUUUUUUCAUUAUCAUUAUUAUUUAAUACAUUUUGUGAAACUGUUUGUAAUCUGCUACAUCUUAUUAAAUACUGUAACAUUAAUGGGUAAUGUUGAACAGUUUGAUGCUGAAGUAGUACCAAUUCCGAUAGCCUGACCGUGACAAUCCUGUACUAGUGUGUGAUGUUAGCUCUACACAAUGUGUCAAUAUCUCUAUGAUAAUUCUUCAUUCGUUAAUUAUACUUCAACAUGUAUGCUGUAACAGUGUUCACAUCCAAUCUCUUUUUGUGCUGUACUUGUCUCUCAGGAACAGUGUUUAUUUGUACACUGGGGCAGUAGUCGACUUGGGAUGGUUUUCUCGUCUCUCGGGGACAGUGUCUGCAGAGACAGUAGUGUUCCUGUGUCUGAGGGACAGGAAAGAGAUUUACAAAGUAUGGAUGUUUAUAGGUGAAUGAAGUAGGUAUGUACGUGAUAUAAAUUCAUAUGUUAACUGUUGAUAAAUGGAGGUGCCUUUAUUCUUAUUAAAUAAAUGCUUCACAAAUCAAAACA